AUGUCCGCGGGGAGCGCGGGGCCGGCGCCGGGACCCGGCCCGGGCCCUGAGCCGGGGCCUCUGUGCCCGGAGCACGGCCAGGCUCUGACGUGGUUCUGCUGCUCCGAUCGGCGGCCGGUGUGCGCCGCCUGCACCGAGCCGGGCGGCGGCUGCCGGGGCCACCGCAUCCGCCCGGCGGGGGAGCGCGCAGAGGAGCUGCGGAACAAGAUUGUGGACCAGUGUGAGAGGCUGCAGUUACAGAGUGCUGGCAUCACCAAGUACAUGGCUGAGGUCCUACCAGAGAAGAACCAGAGAGCAGUGAGCAUGGCCAGUGCAGCACGGGAACUGGUCAUCCAGCGGCUGGGCCUGGUGAGGAGUCUAUGUGAGACUGAGGAGCAGCGGUUGCUGGAACGGGUGCAUGGCGAAGAGGAGCGGGCGCACCAGAGCAUCCUGACGCAGCGAGUGCACUGGACUGAGGCUUUGCAGAAGCUCGACACCAUCCGCACCAGCCUGGUGGACAUGCUCACCCAUACGGAUGACCUCCAGUUGAUUCAGAAGGAGCAGGAGAUUUUUGAGAGGACCGAGGAAGCAGAGGGCAUUUUGGAUCCCCAGGAGUCGAAAAAGUUAAACUUUAACGAGACCUGUGCUUGGAGCCCACUUCUGACCCAGCUCUGGGCAACGGCAGCUCUCGGCUCCCUCUCAGGCACAGAGGAUGUGCGCAUCGAUGAGAGGACUGUCAGCCCCUUCCUGCAACUGUCAGACGAUGGAAGGACUCUGACCUUCAACGCCAAGAAGUCCAAGGCCUGCGCAGAUGGCCCAGAGCGCUUUGACCACUGGCCCAAUGCCCUGGCCGCCACCUCCUUCCAGUCCGGGCUGCACGCGUGGAUGGUGAAUGUGCAGAACAGUGGUGCCUACAAGGUGGGCGUGGCCUUAGGCCAGCUGCCUCGAAAGGGUUCUGGCAGUGACUCUCGCCUGGGCCACAACGCCUACUCCUGGGUCUUCUCCCGCUAUGACCAAGAGUUCUGCUUCUCACACGACGGGCAGCACGAGCCCCUGGGGCUGCUGCGCUGCCCCGCACAGCUGGGCGUGCUGCUGGACUUGCAGGCCCAGGAGCUGCUGUUCUACGAUCCGGCCUCGGGCACGGUGCUCCACACCCACCACGCGUCCUUCCCGGGGCCCCUCUUCCCAGUCUUCGCUGUGGCUGACCAGACCAUUUCCAUUGUCCACUGA